AAUGCGCAUGUCAUUCUUCUAUCGCGUCGUCGCGGCGGCCACCCCGCUUCGGAAUGUAAAAUAAAGACAAUGGUAUUUCACUGUGUUUUCUAAUUUUUGGUGUUUUAAACUCCUUGGGUUCAGUGCUAAACUCAUUCAAAAUGACUGGAACUAUUAUUGAAAACCUGAGUGGGCGCAAAAUUGCCGUUCUAGUUUCAUUUCUGUUUCUGUGUCAAAUCGCAUGUUUUCUGAUAGGCGGUUUAGUAGCUCCGGUGCCAGCAAACGCUCAGAUAAUCCUCGGAACAGUAUGUAAAGACACUACGACGAUGAAAAACGACACUACGAAAUGGUUUUACAAUCGCGGCAAAGGUAAAUGCGAGGUCAUCGACCUAAGAGACUUGCAUCAAGAUUUGUCGGAGACGGACAUCGUUUUUGCUUUUCAAAUGCCGACUCCUCGCAAUGGUGAGACGUUAGACUACUCUAGAUGGCAACAGAACCUCAUUGGCGUCCUCCAAACCGAUAUACGGUACAACUCCAUGAUGGUAGUAAAGCCUCGAAGCGUUAUAACAAUAGACGCUCGCCUUGCGUAUAGAAACAAAGGUGACCCGGAGGAUGCAUGGAAGCUAUACACGCAAUCGGUCGAAAAACGUAACUUAGACUGCGAUGUGAACCUUCAAACUGAAGAAUAUCUUUACAAUUGUUCAGCCAUACCUUUAUUUGAACUUGGUUCCUUACACCAUGACUAUUAUUUGCUUAAUAUUCGACUGCCAGUUGACACACCAGACAUGAAUGCUAAUAUAGGACAUAUUGAAGAUAUGUGGUUGACGGUUAUAAAUCAAAAUGGAGGAUUUACUAAAGUCUGGUUGUCACUGAAAACUGUGUUCUUUCCGUGUAUUGUUUGUAUUUUAAUUUGGUUCUGGAGGCGAAUUCAUUUGUUGCAACGGAAGCCUGUGUUGUUGGAAAAGAUGCUUCUCAGUUUGGGCAUUGCUUUGUGCUUUUUAAACAUGCCUUUAGAGUACUUAUCCCUUAUUUUUGAUCUACCCUUUAUGUUACUACUUGGGGAUAUAAGACAAGGGGUUUUCUAUGCGAUGCUGUUUUCGUUUUGGUUAGUUUUUGCUGGGGAACACAUGUUAAUCCAAGAUACAUCGGCUCUGAGUUCAUUGAAUCAGUACUGGCGUCAUUUAAGUGCUGUAGCCAUGGGCUGUAUCUCUCUAUUCAUCUUUGAUAUGUGUGAGCGGGGUGUGCAACUACGUAACCCUUUCUAUUCAAUUUGGGUGACUGAUAUGGGUACAAAUAUGGCAUUAACCUUUAUAAUACUGGCAGGAAUAUGUACCGGGAUCUACUUCUUAUUUUUGUGUUACAUGAUUUGGCAGGUUUUCAAGAAUAUUUCCACUAAACGUCAAUCUUUGCCGACGAUGUGUUCUGUGAGACGUCUGCACUAUGAGGGAACCAUUUACCGGUUCAAAUUCUUGAUGUUGGCAACACUCUUAUGUGCCGCAAUGACUGUAAUUGGCUUCAUUUUGGGACAAGUUGCGGAAGGCCAAUGGAAGUGGGAUGAGAACCUUGAAUUGGAGUACACCUCGGCAUUUUUCACUGGCGUCUAUGGAAUGUGGAACGUUUACAUUUUUGCUUUACUGGUUUUAUAUGCGCCUAGUCACAAACGCUGGCCAGUGAAUGAGAAUACAUCUGAUACUCAAAACUUGAGGGAGGAGAUGGAGUUCAGUCCUUUACCAAGUGAGAGGUCCACCAGUGAGAUUUCUUCCUUGACUUCCUUUAUUAGGAAGGCUACGAUUGAUUAAAAACAUACUAUUUGCUGUCAUAUCAGAUCUUGAACCAUUGCAAAGUCACUUUUCACUACUUGGGACAUUAUCAAAGCAUGAAGAAGCUAUAAAUGGCACACAAUGGUGUUUUCACUAAAUUCAAAUCCCAGGCCUUCUUUAAUGAAUCAUUGUGUUGAAUAACAGAACCAUCAUAGAACAUAGAAGAUGUAGAUUUAUAUAGAUUUGAUUAAUACAUUUUUGUCUUAUUUAUUAUGUCACAGUUCUAAAGUAUUUAACAGUAUUUUUGCAUUAAAAUUUUAGAAUGGGAAGUCCCAUAUUUAGAUUUGUUAUCUGUGUUAGUUUUAGCUUAUUGACUUUUAAGACACUCCCUAAAUGUUUCAUAUUACGCAAAGGUACUUCAGAACAGUUAUCUGUGAAUGUGAAUAUGAACAAAACUUUGUACUUCAAUCAUAGCUUUUACUAAAAACUACUUUUGUUAAUAUUGUGCCAGGUGUUUUCAACAAUGUUUUUAAAGCAGUUUUGUACUGAAAUAAUUUACAGAAAUUUAACAAACAAAAUUGAAAUUAAAUUAAAAGGAUUGGUGUACAUAACAUAAGUAUAAAUCAUACGAUUCCAAAUUCGUUUUGUAUGACUGUAUCAACGCCUACAUUACUGCGUUUACGUGAGUCAUUUAGAGAACGGGUUUUUCGACCUUGAUUUUAGACUGUGCUUCCAGAAAUAAACGCGUUUUAGACUUAGAUGUUAGUGUUUGCCAUUUUAAUAUUUCUGUGAUAAUUUUGGUUUAUAUAAUUUUCUACUUAAUAAUAUAAUCUUGCAUUUACUAAUUAUAAAUUUAGAACUCUUUAAGUGUAGGUUUUGUACGGUGUAUUUUUCAGCACAACUUCUGUU